AUGGAUUGUAUUGCAUAUGAUUGUCCUCUCGUACUAACUUCUCAAAAAUCAAGAUCAUUACAAAAAGGGCAAGUUAGAAUCCGAACUCGGUUUGCAGGGAUUAACUACGCUGAUCUACUUGCCUGUCAAGGCAAGUAUCAAGAGAAAUCAAAGCCACCGUUUUCUCCCGGUCUUGAGGUAUCUGGACAGAUUGUUGAAUGUAAUGGCUGCUCCUCUCGACAAGUGGGAGAUCGUGUUUAUUGUAUUUUUUCUGCUAACGGAGCUUUUGCGGAGGAAUGUGUUGUGGAUGAGUCCCGUUGUUUCCUCGUUCCACAACAUAUUCCCCUCAAUGCUAUUACGUCUCUUGGAAUUAACUUCUGCACAGCUUCCCUAGGACUUGAAGUGGCAGCAAAGAUGAGUGAAGGAGAAGUAGUUACGGUCACAGGAGCUGCGGGAGGAACAGGUCUUGCCGCUACGGAGUUGUCAUUAUCACGCCAUCAUCCUACUGUAUGUGUAGUCCGUGGUCAACAGCAAAAGGAAUUCUUGAACAAUUUGCUGCGUGAUUCUUACCCCAAUGAGGACUACAUUAUCAUUGAUUCAGAAGACACUAUUGAUUUUCGUGAUUGUAUAAAGAGUCGUUACGGAGGAAGUGACGUCGUUUUCGAUACUGUGGGAACGGAAUCUAUGUUUAACAAGAAUUUGCUUCGCUCUGUUCGAUUUGGAGCACAUAUCCGUCUUGUUGUUGUUGGCUUUUCUGGCGGGUCGAUUCAGCAAAUACCUGCGAAUCACUUGCUUGUAAAGAACUGCAGCGCUCUGGGAAUCUAUCUUGGAGGGUAUUUGAAGAAUCGUCCUGAAGUAGUUCAGAAGUGUAUUGAUUCUCUCUGUGAAUUGUAUACCACGAAACAACUCCAUCCACACCUUUUCAAAGUUUACCCCCUCGAAAGUGCCAACGAAGCUUUAAAUAUGAUGAAAGGAAAGAAAAUAUUUGGCAAAAUACUCUUAGAAAUGAAUCACGAAUAG